CUUGACUUGAAGCACCUCGAGCAGUACCAAGACCGACAUCGAUGAGCGUGGUGGAGAGCCUGCAAGCAGACCUUGCCGAGCUGGAACGGCUGCUCCGACAGAGCGAGCGGAUGGCGGUCCGCGACGUGCUGGAGAGGGAGAUGGGGUUGGUUCGCGAGCGGCUGGCGCAGGAGAUGGCAGCCUCGGCCGCCGCCAGCGAUAUCGCCAACGAUGCCGAGGCGGCCCAGAGUGUGCCGAUGGAGGUGGCCGAUGACGGCGACGCUGUCGUGUGGGAGGCGGUGAACAAGCUGGCGUGGGAUCAGGGCGGGAAGAACGUGACCGUGUACUUGUCCGGCCUUGAUGGCCUCGACGAGGUGAGCGAGGAGCAGAUCGAGGCCAAGUUCCGGCGCGAUGAGGUUGACGUGCGGGUGUUGGGCCUUGCCGGUGGCCAGCGGCAUGUUCGGCUCCGGUUCACUCCAGCCGAGGAGAUCACUCCGUCAAAGUGCGCCGUCAAGCGCAAGGCGGGCGGCAAGAUGCGGAUUGUCCUCCGCAAGAGCGAGACCAAGCACUGGGUCUCGCUCAAGGCCAAGAGCUCGGGCCUGGGCUCGCUCAAGCCCGGCAAGGCCGACGCCGGCGAAGAUCCGAGCGCCGCCAUCAUGAACAUGAUGCGCAAGAUGUACGACGAGGGCGACGACACUAUGAAGCAGGCGAUCGGCAAGGCGUGGACCGAGGCGCGGGCCAAGCAGGGCGCCGGUCCGGCGGUUGAGUAAAGUCCGAGCCA